ACACAGGGAGAAGUUAGGCCAACCGUUUAACGUGCCCUUCAUCUCUUUGUUUUCCCUUACAAUCAAAGCAAAAGCCGUUUGAUUUUUGGUCACCAUCUGAACCCUAACUCCACCUUCCUGAUUUGCUCUCCACACCCUCCGCCCUCUGUUUCUGUUUCCUUUAUCCCUUUAUUUACAAGCCAUUUCCAUGUUUUGCUUCCACCCAAUAACUCCUCUCUCAGAGUCAUUCGAAACAUAGCAAACCCAGUAGAACCCAUGUUUGAACAACUAUGUUCAACAACUCAUUGUUCUCAAAGAAGACAAAUUUGACUCAAUUUGAUUCUGGGUUUUGGGGGGUUUUAUCUGAGAGAGCUUUGAGGGAGACUUGCUUGUAGCUCUUUGAGCAUUGUUCUUCGUGACUAGUGAAACCCCGUGGAGUAGGUUUGCAUCCCCAGUGAGCGGAAAAACCAGGCAAUCAAAACAGAGCAAACCCAGUAAAACCCAUCCUGAAUCCACUAUGUUCAACACUCGUAGGCCUCAGAAGAAGGAAAUUUGACCGAAUUGGGUAGCGGGUUUUUCCAAAACAUCUCGAGAAAUGAAUACUCGUUACUUAGUUACACAAGACUCUUUGUGCAAUUCUGGCAUUGUUGUUUCAAUAUCUUCACCAGGAGAGGAUCAAACAGCAGCUGUCAAUGCUCGAAAUCGGGCAUCGCGCAUUUCCCCGUCUUCUUCUUUCUUGAUAAGAACAGCAAUGAGGGUAUCAAGAGCAAGAUGGUUCAGCUUCUUAAGAAGAGUGUUUCAUUACCAAAACGGGUCAAGAUCGGAUCUUGGGUCGAAUCCGUUCAACUCGGGUUCUUGGAUGGUGAUGGAGUUAAUAGCUCUGGUGGUUCAAAUACUUGUGACAACUUAUACUCUAGCUGAUUCCAAGGAUGAGAGGCCUGUUUGGCCAAUGAGAAUAUGGGUUUCCGGGUAUGAUUUCGGGUGUGUCCUUAGUCUUUUAGUACUUUACGGGCGGUAUCGGAUCUUUCAUUUGGGUCAGGGAGAUGGUUUUGGUCACUCUGAUUUAGAACAGCAGAGGAACAAUAUUGAAGAGUCCAGGAGCUUUCACUUGAUGAACAAAUGCCGGGCUUCUUUGGAGCUGUUCUUCGCGAUAUGGUUCGUGAUGGGCAACGUUUGGGUCUUCGAUUCCCGAUUUGGAUCGUUCCGUCAAGCUCCAAAACUUCAUGUCCUCUGCAUCUCCAUACUUGCUUGGAAUGCCAUCAGCUACUCUUUCCCAUUCCUGCUGUUUGUGUUGCUGUGUUGUUGUGUCCCUCUCGUUAGCAGCUUCCUUGGGUACAACAUGAAUAUGGGGUCUACUGCUCGAGGGGCUUCUGAUGAUCAAAUUUCCAAUCUACCCAGCUGCAGAUACAAAGAUCUUGACAACAAUUUGGUGCUUGGAAAAUCAGCAAAUAAUCAUGAAAAUCCAGAAUGCUGUAUUUGCCUCUCCAAGUACAGAGAAAAGGAAGAGAUCAGGCAGUUGCCAUGCUCACACUUAUUCCAUCUCAAAUGUGUGGAUCAAUGGCUCAGGAUUAUAUCUUGCUGUCCACUCUGUAAACAAGAAUUGGAGAGGUGAAAAAACAAGAUACCACCCGAGAAGCCCGAAUUGAUUCUUUGUUUUUCUUCUCUUUCUCCCAUUUCCUUUUUCACCUGCGGGAAACCAAAAAAAAAAAGCAUCAAUAGUUUUCUGAACAGUUUGUGAUUAUUGUCAUGGUUACUUGAGUGAGAAUAUUCAUUGUACAUUGGAGCUCACCAGUACCUUUAAACCUAUCAUGAUCUUUGCGCGCUCCUCCCGACUUCUCUGUAUAUGUUUUUUUUUUUCCAAUUCGCGCGCGUGUACAGCACAGAAUACAUGUAUAUGUACUUGGGAAUAAUGGUUUUACAGUGGUCAUAUAUGCAUAUGAUAAUAUGAGCGUUUUGGCGUA